AUGCAGCCAUGGCGAAGGACGUUCCUCGUCCUCCCACCCGAUUCCGUCCUGCACCCCUUCACGCCGACAGCCUGCGCUUUCCACUCGGACCCCGCGACAAACACUUCGACGGCCGACUUCGACAACUUGUCCUCUCUCGUACGCGCCCUCUGGCGGCCCCUCAUCCUCCCCAUCACCGAACCCUCCUUCACCACCUACGACGGCGAGACUAAGCGCCUCCCCCCCGAGUCCGAAUUGGCGCAUCGCUCCUCCCUUGGCUCUCGCAUCCUCAUCCUCGAUGUCGACACGCGCCCCCACGUCGGCGACGGCGAGGUGUUCAACCCGGCCACACCCCCCCACUGGUCCAACCUCGACAUCCACUCGGCCGGCUUCCUCUCGCAUUCCCUCUACGCCAUGAUCCACGGCUACAGCUACAAGUUCGUGCGGGCGCCGGCCUACGCCGACCGCGCGCCGCACUGGGUCAAGGUCAUCUUCACGCAGGAGAUGCUCAAGGAGUACGAGUACGUGGUCAUGGUCGACUUUGACGCCAUGUUCACCAACCCGGCCGUGCCCAUCGAGUGGCUGAUGAACUACUGGCGCAUCGACGACCCGGUGAUGGUGGCCAUGGCCGAGGACCCGCAUGGGGGCGGCAACGCCGACCGUAAGGGCAACAUGAACCUCAACUCGGGCUUCAUCAUCGCCCACCAGAGCGACAACGCCCAGCGCCUAUUCAAGGACUGGGCCGAGUGCCCCGAGGAGACGCGCUACCCGGGGUGCGCCCGCUACAAGAACGUCAUGUUCCACGAGCAGUCGGCCUUCAGCAGCUUCGUGCGCUACGACUUCUUGGACGGCCUGACGGUCGAGAAGAGCCCGGGCAAGGAGAUGAUCCGGCACAUCCCGUGCUCCGAGGCCAACGGCGGCCCGCUGCCCGACGGCAAAGGCUGGUUUGGCAACUGCAGGGGCCAGUUUGUGCGCCACCUCUGGGGGGGCAAGGGGCUCACGCCGCAGCAGCUGGCCGACGGCAUCAUGCAGGCGUUUGUGCCGCUGCUGGGCAAUGUGUUCACAAAGGCGCAGACGGUGGUGGACUACAGGGGAUCCAAGCUCGAGGGGGAUCAGAUCAAGGACAAGAGCGCGCCGUGA